AUGGCGAAUAAAGAGCCCACUGUGCUUAUCAUCGGCGCCGGUACCUUUGGUUCAUCAACUGCCUACCACCUCAGCAAACUAUACAAGGAUCCUUCGCGCAUCACUCUUGUCGACCGCUGGGACACCACUUCGCCCUUGGAGGAAAAGCACGCAGCUGCCAUUGAUACCAAUCGCAUUAUCCGCACCGACUAUGACUCCCAUCUGUAUUGCAAUCUAGCCAACGAAGCAAUCCAUUUUUGGUUCUGGAGCAUUGCCGUCCAAGGCCAUUUUCACAAGACGGGCUGGACUUUUCUGGAGCGAGGAGGCGACUAUACGCGUGAUGUUGCGCCAGAAGAGCUGGAGCAGUACGCGGUAACCAGAGGGGUUCGGACCGAGCGCCUGGGCAAGGGCUACUUCAACCCCGAGGCUGGAUGGUGUGAUGCAGAGAAGGCGACGCAGAGUUUUACAAAAGUCGCGCUCGAAUUAGGCGUAAAGCGAGUGACUGGUGAAGUGCAGGAGCUCCUACUUAAAUCCGACCAAUCCGGUCUAGCUGGGGUCAAGUUGAGAGAUGGUGGAAUUUUGACAGCAGACAAGGUUGUGCUGGCGGCCGGGGCUUGGACAAGCACGCUCAUGUCACCACUGGAGGAUGCGCUUGGAAUCCCAGAGCAAGACCGCAUCGAGCGCCAGGUUACUGCUGUGGGCCGAGUUUCUGCGUACUACACCUUGAAUGAACAAGAUACCCAAGGAAUGAUUGACGGAAACCUGCCGGUAGUCGUCAUUGGCGGAGAAGUCGACAUUAUUCCACCAUCCCAGCCGAACCGGACGCUGAAGAUCAACGACCUGAGAAGCGAGAUUGUGAACACAGUCACGACGCCUUCCGGUCAUCGCAUCACAGCUCCUUCACCCAGAAACCAGAAUGACGUUCCCGAGAGGCUCAAACGUGAGAGCGCACAGGUUAUGCACCAAGCCAUGCCAGAAUGGACACGAAGCAAAACACCCAGUCGAUGGCGCAUGUGCUACGAUGCCGUUACCCCGUCCGAGGAUUGGCUCAUGUGCCAGCAUCCUCAUUCACAGCUUGCCAACCUCUAUCUCUCCGUUGGUGGCAGCUUCCACUCCUACAAAUUCUUGCCCGUAGCCGGCGCGUACAUGUGCAAUGUUCUAUUUGGGAAGAGCAAUGGAGAAGAAAAAGAUAGGGCGUGGCAAUGGAAGAGUCAAGAGUGGCUCGACAAGUGCAAGGGCAAGGGCAAGGAGUUUGGUAGCAGUCGGCGCAAGCUUGAGAGGAAGGAGUUGAGCGAAUAUGAAGAUGGAGCGGUAGCUAAAUUGUAA